AUGAAUUGUUAUGCCUUCGACCAUACGAAGCACUCGUGCUACAGCACCAAAAAGGAUCCAACCAUAUUCACGGUCACAGCUACGGGAGCUACCAUCACGGUAUGCUCCAACUGCAAACACGAGGGGCACGGAGCCAAUCAGGUUAACUGCCCUGCGUUCCAGAAACAGCUGGCCAUCAGAGAACGAGUCCUGCUGAACCGCCAGGCCAAGGCCAAAGAAAGAUCAGAAGCUGCGCGGGUCAGGAAGGAGACUACUUUCGCGCAAGCUCUGAGAAGCAACAAGGAUGAAGAGCUCGGCCCUACGCCUCCCUCACCACCAAGGCAGACAGCACUGACUGCGUCCACCGACCAGCCAAACAUGGACAUCCAGCUGGUCAUCCUCAUGUGCAUGGACUCUGUGGUAGCUGAAGUAAACAACAUGAGAACAGAAAUGAACAGCCUGAAGACAGAACUACUCAUAAUCAAAAGAGCCAAAAUUGCAACCACUGUUAAUGGAUAA